AUGCUGAUUGUUCGAACUGCAAAGCGGAUGGAUUGUUUUGUUCGGGCAUCUUCCCGACCGAUGAGCAACGUUGCUCCCGUUGUUCUUGGGUUGUUGGGGGCGAUCUGGCCCGUCACGGGAGAUUCUGCGAGGGAAAAUGUAAGCUUUGUGAUGAAGAGGGCAUGCCUUGUGAGACUUUUGAGGCCGGCGAGUGUGAUUGGUGUAGGUUCCAAGGUAAGAGAUGCACUGGUCGCACCACCCAUUCAGAAUUGGUGGAUCCUUCAAGAAGGGCCAGACCCUGCCCACAUUGUGGCCAGUCUCACAGCUCCGCCGCAAACCUUUUGGAUCACCUCAAGAGAUGCAAAGGAAGGUUAUGAUUGGGAGCGACAAGAGUCUUCCUACGAACAAGCCAGAUCCUUGCUUCAUGCAUCGUCUUCCAACUCACCGAGGAGGCUCUUUCAUGGUCGCUAG